GCGGCCGCCGAGCUAGCCGUGGCUCGGCACAGGAGGCUCUGUGAUGACGGGUUCAGGUCCCAUCUCAACCGUGUUUGCUUUGAGAUUUAUUUACUUGAGAGGCAGAGUGAUGGACAGACAGAGCCAUCCGUGUCCCGGUUCCCUCCCCAGGUGGCCCACCCGGGUCUCUGUGGUGCAGGCCCUUGGACCAGCACUGCCCCUGCACCGCGGCCCUUGUAGGUGGCAGCUCAGCCAGCCCCCGGCCUCUCCCCUGUGCUCACUUUCCCGGCAGGGCAUGUCCGUCGCGGGGCCGCAGCCUCUUGUCACAAGACUGAGACCCUGGCCCCGUCCCCCAGCCCUGCAGCCGUCACUGUGGCCCCUCGCUCUGCCUGUGCCCCUGGGCUCGUCAGCUGCAGGCUCCCUGUGUGUGGUUCAUUCAGCUGUCGCUCAGCGGACACUCGGCUCACGUCCACAUCCUAGCUAUUUAGAAAUUUUAAAAAUUUGCUUGAAUGGCAGAGAGGGGCCAGUGCCGUGGUGUAGCAGAUAAAGCUACUGCCUGCAGCACCGGCCUCCCACCUGGGCGCCGGUUCCAAUCCAGCCUUGCUAUGGCCUGGGAAAGCAGUGGAAGAUGGCCCAAGUCCUUGGGCCCCUGCACCCAAGUGGGAGACCCGGAAGAAGCUCCUGGCUCCUGGCUUCAGCCUGGCCCAGCUCCAGCCAUUGCAGCCAUCUGGGGAGUGAACCAGCCGCUGGAAGCUCUGUCUACCCCCCCUUUCCCUCCCCCUCUCUGUCUCUGUUUAUCUCUGUCUCCCCCAUCUCUCCCUCUCUCUCUCCCCCCUCUCUCCCCCCCAGGGCUGUGACGCUGUGCGUCUUCCUGUUGUCUCUGCCCCAUCGGGGAGCAGGCUGCUCUGGUCAAGGUCAAGUCUGUGUGUGAGACAUCAGAGUCCCUGCACGUGAGUGUGCGUGUGUCUGCGUGGCUGAAGUUGGGUGUGCCUGUGGGGGGGGGGGGAGGUUGAGAUCAGGUCUGUGGGGGUGCCAGGUCAGGUCUGUGUGGGACGUCAGAGUCCCCGUGUGCGUGUGUGGUUGAGGUCGGGUCUGUACGUGUGCGUGUGUCUCUGUGGUUGAGGUCGGGUCUGUGCGUGUGCGUGUGCCUGUGUCUGUGUGGUUGAGGUCGGGUCUGUGCGUGUGCGUGUGCGUGUGUCUGUGUGGUUGAGGUCGGGUCUGUGCGUGUGCGUGUGUCUGUGUGGUUGAGGUCAGGUCUGUGCGUGUGCGUGUGCGUGUGUCUGUGUGGUUGAGGUCAGGUCUGUGCGUGUGCGUGUGCCGUGUGGUUGAGGUCGGGUCUGUGCGUGUGCGUGUGUCUGUGUGGUUGAGGUCGGGUCUGUGCGUGUGCGUGUGUCUGUGUGGUUGAGGUCAGGUUUGUGCGUGUGCGUGUGUCUGUGUGGUUGAGGUCAGGUCUGUGCGUGUGCGUGUGUCUGUGUGGUUGAGGUCGGGUCUGUGCGUGUGCGUGUGUCUGUGUGGUUGAGGUCGGGUCUGUGCGUGUGCGUGUGCGUGUGUCUGUGUGGUUGAGGUCGGGUCUGUGCGUGUGCGUGUGCGUGUGUCUGUGUGGUUGAGGUCGGGUCUGUGCGUGUGCGUGUGUCUGUGUGGUUGAGGUCGGGUCUGUGCGUGUGCGUGUGUCUGUGUGGUUGAGGUCGGGUCUGUGCGUGUGCGUGUGCGUGUGCGUGUGUCUGUGUGGUUGAGGUCGGGUCUGUGCGUGUGCGUGUGCGUGUGUCUGUGUGGUUGAGGUCAGGUCUGUGCGUGUGCGUGUGUCUGUGUGGUUGAGGUCGGGUCUGUGCGUGUGCGUGUGUCUGUGUGGUUGAGGUCGGGUCUGUGCGUGUGCGUGUGCGUGUGUCUGUGUGGUUGAGGUCGGGUCUGUGCGUGUGCGUGUGCGUGUGUCUGUGUGGUUGAGGUCGGGUCUGUGCGUGUGCGUGUGUCUGUGUGGUUGAGGUCGGGUCUGUGCGUGUGCGUGUGUCUGUGUGGUUGAGGUCGGGUCUGUGCGUGUGCGUGUGCGUGUGCGUGUGUCUGUGUGGUUGAGGUCGGGUCUGUGCGUGUGCGUGUGCGUGUGUCUGUGUGGUUGAGGUCAGGUCUGUGCGUGUGCGUGUGUCUGUGUGGUUGAGGUCGGGUCUGUGCGUGUGCGUGUGUCUGUGUGGUUGAGGUCGGGUCUGUGCGUGUGCGUGUGCGUGUGUCUGUGUGGUUGAGGUCGGGUCUGUGCGUGUGCGUGUGCGUGUGUCUGUGUGGUUGAGGUCGGGUCUGUGCGUGUGCGUGUGUCUGUGUGGUUGAGGUCGGGUCUGUGCGUGUGCGUGUGUCUGUGUGGUUGAGGUCGGGUGUGUGCGUGUGCGUGUGUCUGUGUGGUUGAGGUCAGGUCUGUGCGUGUGCGUGUGUCUGUGUGGUUGAGGUCGGGUCUGUGCGUGUGCGUGUGUGUGGUUGAGGUCGGGUCUGUGCGUGUGCGUGUGCGUGUGUCUGUGUGGUUGAGGUCGGGUCUGUGCGUGUGUCUGUGUGGUUGAGGUCGGGUCUGUGCGUGUGCGUGUGCGUGUGUGUGGUUGAGGUCAGGUCUGUGCGUGUCUGUGGUUGAGGUCGGGUCUGUGCGUGUGCGUGUGCGUGUGUCUGUGUGGUUGAGGUCAGGUCUGUGCGUGUGCGUGUGUCUGUGUGGUUGAGGUCGGGUCCGUGCGUGUGCGUGUGCCUGUGUGGUUGAGGUCGGGUCUGUGCGUGUGCGUGUGCGUGUGUCUGUGUGGUUGAGGUCGGGUCUGUGCGUGUGCGUGUGCGUGUGUCUGUGUGGUUGAGGUCGGGUCUGUGCGUGUGCGUGUGUGUGGUUGAGGUCGGGUCUGUGCGUGUGCGUGUGCGUGUGUCUGUGUGGUUGAGGUCGGGUCUGUGCGUGUGUCUGUGUGGUUGAGGUCGGGUCUGUGCGUGUGCGUGUGCGUGUGUGUGGUUGAGGUCAGGUCUGUGCGUGUCUGUGGUUGAGGUCGGGUCUGUGCGUGUGCGUGUGCGUGUGUCUGUGUGGUUGAGGUCAGGUCUGUGCGUGUGCGUGUGUCUGUGUGGUUGAGGUCAGGUCUGUGCGUGUGUGUGUGUCUGUGUGGUUGAGGUCAGGUCUGUGCGUGUGCGUGUGCGUGUGUCUGUGUGGUUGAGGUCGGGUGUGUGCGUGUGCGUGUGUCUGUGUGGUUGAGGUCGGGUCCGUGCGUGUGCGUGUGCCUGUGUGGUUGAGGUCGGGUCUGUGCGUGUGCGUGUGCGUGUGUCUGUGUGGUUGAGGUCGGGUCUGUGCAUGUGCGUGUGCCUGUGUGGUUGAGGUCGGGUCUGUGCGUGUGCGUGUGCGUGUGCCUGUGUGGUUGAGGUCGGGUCCGUGCGUGUGCUGUCUCGUGAGACGUGUGACCCUCACGUGUGUCUUGUCCUGACACUGUGAUCAUCUUUUGGUGAGAUUUUACAUUUUAUGUUGGCUGAUUUAAAGAUGUAUGUACUUGAAUGUCAGAGUCACACAGAGAGGGAGAGGCCUCCAUCUGCGGGUUCCCUCCCCAGAUGGCUGCAUCGGAGCCAGGAGCCUCAUCCAGGUCUCCCCCGUGGGUGCAGGGCCUGGGACUUGGGCCGCCCUCCCCUGCUCUCCCUGGUGCAGCGGCCGGGACUGGAGCCGGUGCCCAUGGGGGUGCUGGGGCCGCAGGCAGUGGCUUUACCGCUGUGCCGCAGCGCCAGCCCCGAGGCCAGAUCAUUGUUGUUUUCAGAUUUGAGAGGCAGAGAGAAGGGGGAGGAGGGUUUUCCAUUGCUGCCGCACUUCCCAGCCUCCCCCGGGGCCGCGGGGACCCAGCUGCUUGGCCGUCUGCGGGAGCUGGUGGGAAGUGAAGUGGCUGGGACAGGCGUGGGUGAGUGGCGCUCGUCACGCUGCCCCACGGCACCCGCGGCUCUGCCGGUCCUUUCUGCCCCGGCGUCGGCCUGGUUGUCUGCACCUCACUGAGCGCCAGAGCUGAGGGGCCACACGGACACGGGCAGCGCUGAGAGGCCACAGGAAGGCCACGGUCAGCAGUGCUGGGGGCUGUGUCUGGGCCGGCGUGUGCCGUCCCCAUGCCCAGUGGUGGUCAGCGGUGUGGGGGCCCGGCAUGUGCCAUCCCCAUGCCCAGUGGUGGUCAGCGGUGUGGGGGCCCGGCAUGUGCCAUCCCCAUGCCCAGUGGUGGUCAGCGGUGUGGGGCCAGGCGUGUGCCGUCCCUGUGGUCAGCAGUGCGGGGCCGAGCGUGUGCCGUCCCCGUGGUCAGCAGUGUGGGGCCGGGCGUGUGCCGUCCCCAUGCCCAGUGGUGGGCAGCGGUGUGGGGCCAGGCGUGUGCCAUCCCCACGCCCAGUGGUGGGCAGCGGUGUGGGGCCAGGCGUGUGCCGUCCCCAUGCCCAGUGGUGGGCAGCGGUGUAGGGCCGGGCGUGUGCCGUCCCCGUGGUCAGCGGUGCGGGGCCGGGCGUGUGCCGUCCCCGUGGUCAGCAGUGUGGGGCCGGGCGUGUGCCGUCCCCACGCCCAGGUGUGGGCCUUGGCUCUCGCUGCCUGUGAGAUGCUUCCCACUGCUCUGUCCACACACGCGUGGGGUUGCUGUGUCUCGUGGCACUUGAAUGUUCUUUUUUAUAAGGGAAGGGAGAGAGAGCUUCCCUCCACUGCUUCCCCCCACAGCGUCAGGCUGAAGCCAGGAGCGGGGGACAGGCAGGGGUGCGUGUGCCGUGAGCCCACAUCCCAUACCAGAGCACGAGUUCGAGUCCCGGCUGCUCCACUGCUGAUCCAGCUCCCGGCUAACGCCCUGGGAAAGCAGUGGACAGUGGCCCAGGCCCCGGCACCCACGCGGGAGACCCAGAGGAAGCUCCUGGCUCCUGGCGUUGGCCUGGCCCAGCCCCCGCCACCGUGGGCCUGGCGGGCGCACAGCAGGUGGGACCUCAGCCUCCCAGAGGACUUGGUGGAGGACGUGAAGCUGAGGUUCAUCCCAGCGGCAGGAGCCCUGAGCUCCGUGCGGCCGCGCGGUGCGGGAGGCGUCCUGCAGAUGCAGUCAGCUUGAGUCUGUCCCGUGCUCCGCCCCCUCCGCGGUGCAGCUCCUCGCCCUGGGGUGUGCGGCCUCUGCUGCCCCCGUUGGAGGAGGAAGAUGGCCCCGCCUCGGGGGCUUGGCGUGGCUUUGGGCGCGGGGACCCUGGGCCCGGAGGCGGCUGUGCCUGCCGCCCUGUGCGGGGGGAGCGGGAGCGGGAGGCGCGCGGCCCCGCAGCUGUC